AUGGAAGCUUCAGCAGAAAUGAAAUGGGGAUUAAUUUGUUCAAUUGAUGACCAAGAAAAUGUGAAGGAAUACAUUGACUUUAGUAUUUGGAUGGUUAAUCAAUUGGAAAUUAGCGCCUCAAAAUUGCAACUUGGACACAGAUUUGAUGAGACUCCGACAUUUGUUUUACAUGCAAUUCCUGGUUCAAUCGACCAAUCUCGUGAAUGUUACGAAACUAUAGCUAAACAACAUCCACAAGUUAUUUAUGUUAUUCACAUUUUGCCGAGCAAGGAUUCUUUGGAAUAUCAAGUUUUGAAGGAACAUACUUUGGCUGGGGCGCUUGUUGGACAAGGCGUUCUUGCCGAAAAUGCUCUUGCUCACUUUAAAUGUUAUGAAUUGGAUGAGGUUAUGGCAAACAUGAAUCAAUGGAUUGGGAGACGUCUUGCACAGAUUACAGCGCGGCGAACUGCAGAACAAGAAAAAGAUGAGGGAAUUUCUGGUGAUAUUUGGUCAAAUAAUAACGGUCAAAAAGCCGAAAAUAAAGAUUGGGGUUUUUCAAAAAACACAAAAUUAGAGCAAACAAAAGGAGUAGAAGGAGGAGGGAAUCCUUCAAAUUAUUCUUCAAAAAAUUUUCAAAAAUAUACUAGAAAAGACAAUUAUCGUUUAACUGUUGCAACUGGGGCUAAUGCUACAAAUCUUUUUUUGGGAGGAGAAGGAAAUAAAAAUAAUAAAUUUGAUCGUCGUUCGCCUUCGUUUAAUGCUGAUAAUAAUUUUGAACAGUGUGUGGAUGUUGUUUUACAUUCGUCGUUUCAGAGUUUUUUUUUUAAUUUUUUUUUAAUUUUAAAUUGGGGGAUCUUCGGGGUGGAUCUUGUCCUAUGCCGCUAA